AUGUCGGCCUCCCCACCGCCGGAGAAGGAUGUCGAACAGAACGCUCAGUCCGGUGAAGAGCAGGACCCCAUUGACCGAACCGAAGAGGGCGCACAAGGCCAAGGCAUGACUGACUUCGAGGUCAAAGAACAGGACCGAUGGCUUCCCAUCGCCAAUGGUAACACCACCCUUUGUUUCUAUUUGCUCGUCUCUUUCCGCGACAUGCGCGUCAGGCCCUGUGCGAUCCCGACAGAAUGUGCGACAAUGCUGGUUGCUCUAAAGACGGGCCUCCUCAUUCGUCACGCGCCGCUCGCGCCGCUCAUCAUGAUUUGCAUCGCAGCUCCCAGCGCCAGACCGCGGUACUUGAGCCACUCACAGCUCAUCAUGUCGUCGGAUGGCUCACCCACGCCCAAGCACCGUCUUGUUUCACCCUCGCGCCCCCUGACCGUGUCGUCCGAUGCUAACAUACGCAACUUUGCUCCAGUGGCCCGCAUCAUGAAGAUGGCUCUGCCCGACAAUGCAAAGAUCGCCAAAGAGGCCAAGGAGUGCAUGCAGGAAUGCGUCAGCGAGUUCAUCUCGUUCAUCACAAGCGAGGCGUCAGAGAAGUGCCAACAGGAGAAGCGCAAGACGGUAAACGGCGAGGAUAUCCUCUUUGCCAUGACCUCGCUCGGCUUCGAAAACUAUGCCGAGGCGCUCAAAAUCUACCUGUCCAAAUAUCGCGAGAGAUCGCAUUCUGAACAUCCAACUGAUUGGGAUGAGACCCAAUCCACAAGGGGCGAGAACCAGGGGCGACCAGGCAGCAGCGGGGGCUAUCAGGCCGGUGCCGCUGGCGCCAACAAUUCCGCUGCAGCCAAUGCCGCCGGCUACGCUCCCGGGCAAUCCGAGAAUGCCAACAGCCUACUGAGUCCCAGUCAAGGACUCGACAGCGAGCACGACGGCCCCGCCGCCUACGGCUACCCCGGCGCCGUGACCGGCCACAAUGGCAUCAGCGAGAACUACUAG